AUGAAGUCGGUAUUCGCAUUGACAAUUUGCACGCUGUUCUCGAUACUUGAAGUAGUAAAGGGUGUCACUAUCGCCAACAAGUCCAUCCCAUUUACCUAUAAUGAGACAAAUUUUCUUCUCCAUGGAAAACCGGUUCAGAUCCUAGCGGGACAGAUGGAUCCACAGCGCAUUCCACAACAAUAUUGGCGAGAUCGACUGCAAAAGGUUCGAGCCAUGGGCCUGAACAGUAUAUCAUCCUACAUUUUCUGGGACCUCCUAGAGCCAAAGGAAGGGAAUUGGGAUUUCUCUGGAAUGAACAAUGUGGCACAAUAUUUUAAGAUAGCGCAAGAGGAAGGCCUCAUGGUCUUACUUCGGCCAGGUAGUUAUAUAUGCGGAGAGCACACCUGGGGAGGCUUUCCAGCAUGGCUGUCGGAAGUACCCGGCAUGGUGGUUCGAUCAAACAAUGAACCAUUUCUGAACGCCACAAAGUCUUAUAUUACACGAUUGGCCAAAGAACUCAAGCCACUGCUUGUGACCAAUGGUGGGCCGAUCAUUCUUGUUCAAGUUGAGAAUGAAUAUGGGUCGUAUGGUUCCGACAAGCAAUAUACAUCUACUCUGAGAGAUAUGUGGAAGGAAGCUGGAUUCGACGUCCCUUUGUAUACAACUGAUGGCGAUGGCAUUAGCUAUUUGAAAGGUGGAGUGAUAGAAAAUGUGCUAGCUGAAACAGACGGCGGGGGCGGCAAUGUGGAAGGAGCAUUUGCGACCCGCCAAAACUACCUCGCCAAUACAAGCUCAUCAGGACCAUUUAUCGAUGCCGAAUAUUACACUACGUGGUUGGACCUUUGGGGAUCUCCACAUCAAACUACUGAUGCUAAUGGAGCCAAGACGGUCAUGGGUGACUUGGACUGGCUCAUCAAGAAUGGCUCUUCCUUCAGUCUCUAUAUGGUGCAUGGAGGAACUAAUUUCGGGUUCAGUGCUGGUGCAGACUGGUCAACUGUUUUAACACCAGUGACCUCAAGUUAUGACUAUGGUGCUCCGUUGGAUGAAAGUGGUCAGCCCACUGAUCUAUUCUAUGACAUCCAAAAAACCAUCAAAGCAAACCUACCCGCAGGAGAAAAACUUCCCAAGAUGCCAAAGGCAACAACCAUGAUUUCCAUUGCCAACAUUACCAUGAAGCCUGUCGCUAGUCUCUUUGAUACAUUACCAAAACCGGUGAUAAAGCAGCAACCAGUGAACAUGGAAUCGCUGGGCCAGUCCAACGGCUUCACUUUAUAUAGAACCACUAGUCAAAUGGCUGCAAGUGGUAUGCUCAAACUGAGUGAUUAUCCAAGGGACAGAAUACUGGUAUAUGUGAACGGCAAGCGACAAGGCUUAUUUGAUAGUACUUUCCCACUGCCUCAGGCCGUCAAUCUCACCGUCAGCAAGGGUGAUAGCAUAGAUCUACUGGUUGAAAACAUGGGUCGAAUCAACUACGGGCCUCGUAUCCCAGAUCAACGCAAGGGUAUUGUCGGAAAUGUAACCUUGAAUGAAAAAAUGCUAGAACACUGGUCCAUUUACACAUUGCCUCUGGAUAAUCCGUCUACCAUGAUAAAGGCAGCCAAAUCCUCCAACCAUAGCAGUGACGUACCUACUUUCUACCAAGCUUCAUUUAACUUGCACACCAUUGGCGAUACAUUCUUAUCUACUCCUGGAUGGACGAAAGGCAUGGUAUGGGUGAAUGGAAACAACCUUGGACGAUACUGGAUGAUUGGACCUCAGCAACAACUCUAUGUUCCUGGCUGUUGGUUGAAAAAAGGCACGAAUGAAAUCAUCAUUCUGGAAUUGGAGCAAGUGAACGCCACGACUGUUAGUGGCAUCACAACUAGAAGCUGGGCCAAUCGUCCUAAUCCUAGUGUUCCUCAAAUUGUAUCAAACUGA